AUGACCAGGUUGACAUUAAGAGUUUCUGCUCUGUUUAUUAUUGUCCUGAAUUCCUUAGUGGCUGUGAAUGCACAAACUUUGUUAGUUGCCAACACCACAACUAUUAUUGGUAUUGACUUGAGUGUAAACAACAACAAACGUACAAUAUAUAGUGGAAUUCAGAGAGCUGUAGCAGUCGGUGUUGAUUACGCUGACAAUGAGUUGUUUUGGAGUGAUGUAGAAGAAAGGGCUAUCUAUAGAGGAAGUAUUGAUGGACAGGUUGCACCUAUUGCAAAUCUGUCAGAUCUUGGCAGACCCAAUGGUAUUGCUAUAGACUGGAUAACAAAUCACAUCUACUGGACUGACGGUUUGUAUGGUACAAUUGACGUUGCCGACUACAAUGGCGACAAUCGCCGAACUUUACUUUAUAGUUUGUCAAAUCCGAGAAGUAUUACACUUGAUCCUGUCGAUGGAAUUAUGUUCUGGACAGACCAGGGUAGUAACACGAUAGAAAGUGCCAAUAUGGAUGGUAGUAACCCACAAUCAUUGGUCAAUACUGGACUUUAUUGGCCCAAUGAGAUCGUUUAUGAUUCCCAGAGUAAGACUCUGUAUUGGAUUGAUGGCUAUUAUCAUAACAUUAAGUCAUUAGAAUACGGUGUGUCAACAACUCCAACUGAAGUGGCUGAUUUAUCUACUGUAUCAACUGACAUCAUGUUUGGAUUAGGAAUGAUUGGCAACUCUCUAUACUUCAGUGUCUGGAAUGUCAGUAGCAUCUGGUCUGUUAUCCCCGGGUAUGAUCCAGUUUUGGUGACGUCUGAUGGGCUUGCUGAUGAAGUGUUUGGAUUGGCCGUUAGUGACGCAUCAAUUCAGACAGAGACUAGUAAUGGCUGCACUAAUCGCUCCCCGUCCUGUUCCCAUAUAUGUUUGCCCGAUGGUUUGAAUAGUGGAUCGUGUGCAUGUCCCUCAUUUGAUGAACUUACACUCUCUUCUGAUGGAUAUUCAUGUGAAUUGUCUGAUGACUUUUUACUGUAUUGUGCUGGGAAUGACGGUCAGAUACGAAUGAAAUCAUUGGACGGCGAUCCUGAUGGACGUAGCAUUGUGAUUGAUCAGACUGCAAGAUGUGUGGCAUUGGACUACCACCCAGUACAAAAGGUGAUCUACUACAGUGAUGUUGCCCUGGCACAAAUCAGAAAAGUAAAUCUUGAUGGAAGUGACUCUGAAGUGUUUCUGCAAAAAGGCAUAGGCAUUGUAGAUGGACUGGCAUUGGAUAUAUUACACAAUAGAUUGUACUUUACCAAUUGGAACAUGGUGUUUAUCAGUAACACCAGUGAUCACUGGGCUCGUAUUGAGAUGAUAGAUCUCAGUGGAAACAAUCGCAAGAGAAUUAUAGAUGAAGACAUUUACAGACCACGUGCAAUUAUAUUGGAUGUACAGGCAGGGUAUCUAUACUACACAGACUGGGAUGUACAACCUGGCAUUGUAAGAACUGACUUGGACGGUAAAAACAGGAUGGUGAUACAGAACACUGGCGUGGAUAACCCAAAUGGAAUUGCACUUAGAAAUGAUAAAAUGUACUGGCUGGAUUCACACGUGGACAGUCCAAGUCCGCCAACUAUGGAAUAUUCAAAUUUGGAUGGAACGAACAAAGCUAGUUUACAAUUCCCGUUGAAGGUUCCCUUUGGAUUGGACAUAAUCAGGAACACUCAAUUCUACAGUGAUUGGAACAACACAUGUAUAUAUAAAUGUACUUUAGACACAGGACCAUGUGAGAAAAUAGUUGAUGACAUUAUUGAUCCCAUGGGUGUUAAACAUGCAACAAGAACCGCAUCAAAUAAUUUGGGUAUGGAUCGAUGUGCUGGAAGUAUAUGCAGUAAUAGCGGGGGUAUAUGUGUCCAUGUACCAGGGGGUACAAGAUGUCUAUGUCCUGAUCAAAGUGGUUUGAUAUUAGACAGCACUGCAACACAGUGUUUAGUUCCGAACAACUUUUUACUGGUAGCUGAUGUCACAGAUAUUCAAAUCAUUAGUUUUGACUCAUCAAGUCAAGGGGUGUACCCACAAGAACCAGCAAUCCAACGAUACCAAGAUGACAACAUCGUCGCCGUUGUAUAUGACCCUAGUAAUGAAAUGAUCUACUAUAGUAAUGUCCAUACUGGUGUGAUAAGCAGAGUCAGUAUACAAGCACUCGCUGACAAACCUGAUGAGUUUUACAGAGGGGGUGGUGUGAUUGAUGGAAUGGCCAUUGAUGAGUCUCAACAACUGUUAUACUGGACUGACUAUGAGUUGAAAACUAUAGAAAGAAUGAACUUAUUCGGGGAUACUAGCACACAUGAGUUGAUUAUUUCUGGUUUGGAUAGUCCAAGAGCCAUUACUUUACAUAAUGGAUAUGUAUAUUGGACAGAAUGGGGCAUUGGUUACAGUAAAGUACAGAGAUUGAAUCUGUUUGGUUAUAGUAUACCACCAGAUAUAUUACCCCUUGGUAAUCUAGAAAUACCAAAUGGAUUGGCCAUUGAAGGUGAUAAAUUGUAUGUUAUUGAUGGAGGACGAGGAAUUGUAAUAAAAUCUGAUUUAAACGGUUACGGAAAGGAAACCAUUGACUAUUUAACUGGUAGAUUUAAUCAUGCCUAUGGUUUGGCUGUUAUGGGUAAUACAUUGAUAUUCAGUAGCUGGGAAGACAAAGCUGUGUUCAUGACCAAUACCGUCACUAGGAGAUUUGAAAAAAUUGCUGAAAAUAUGUUAAGACCAACAGCAGUGGUGUUACAUGCUACAGGUGGUGCUACUAGUUGCAACUGUACUGAUGACUGUGAGCCUAUACCUGGUGGUUAUCAAUGUGUCUGCUCUAUUGGUAUGAUAUUUGAUGACGAUAUGAGGACAUGUGUUACAUGUAGUGAUGUUUGGGAUGUAACUGAUGAUACAAAAUGUUCUAGUGAUUGCCAUGGUAAUGCAGAUUGUGCUGAAAAUCUGUGUUCUCUUGGUAACUACAAUUGUGUCUGCAGAGCAGGAUACCAAGGAGAUGGUGUAUCAACGUGUACUAAGUGUGGUGUAGAUCAUUUCAAAGACCAUCUAGGAACAGCAGAUUGCGAAGCAUGUCCGGAACAUUUGAGUACUAGUGGACAAGAUGGACAGACAACUUGUAAUUGUGAUCCCGGUUACGUGAUGGAAAAUGGAUUUUGCAUUGAAGAAGCUGAAGAUCAAGGUCAAUCAAUCACUUGUGAGUUUGCUGUUAAAGUCAAUGCUGAUUGUGGAGAUCUGAAUGCUAUCAAUGGUGCACUAUCAUGCGAUAUUGCUGUCUCAAGUCAGUGCAUUUUACAUUGUUAUGAUGGCUAUGCAUCAUCCACGGAAACAUAUAAUUGUGUCAACCGACAGUGGAGACCAACCGACCAAGCACGAUGUUCAAGAAUACGUGGACAAAACGGGCAAAAAACUCUAACAUUUAGUAUUUUGACAACUUGUCAGAAUAUAGAAACCUUGUGGGACGAUGUUUUGAAAGUGUUGGCAAGUAACUUAGAUAAACACAACCUAUGUCACAUACAAGGGAAAAGGGUAUGUAGUAAAAACAACAUUACGUUGCGCUGUGGCAAUAAUAACAGAAACAAACGUGACACGGACAAUGUCGUAACUGUUGAAAUGGUUAUCGAAAUUACGUCAGAAGAAUACAUACUUGAUGAUGAGGAACGUGAGAUUCAACAGCAACAGAUGGAGAAUGAACUUAAUGCAGCUGCCAAUAGGAUUGAAGAAUUUAUCAACAAUGGGAGCCUAGUAAUUGAGGUUGAUGGGCAGACAUUCCCAGCAGAGCCUGAGUCUUUCUCAGUAACUGAAGUAGAAUGGUAUUGCAUGGAUGGAUAUAUUCAAAGUUCAUCACAAUGCAAUGCAUGUCCAUCAGGUGCAAUGUACAACCCAGAUACCAAUACUUGUAUCGACUGUCCAUUUGAUACAUAUCAGAGUAAAGAAGCACAAUUAGAAUGCACUCCAUGUGAAGACAACACACAUACUGUACAUGAAGGAAGCUUCAAACAAUCACAAUGUGUCGCCGCUUCAUCUGAAGAAGACAGUCAAACUCCCAUUAUAAUUGGUGCUGUUGUUGGCAUUGUCUUACUUAUAGUUGUAGUGGUAGUGACAGUACUUGUGUGUCGCCGUAGAAAAUCAAGCCAAGAACCAAUACCAGGUACCAGCCAUGCAAGCAAUAUCUAUGAAGAUGAUGAUUUUGAAUUGAAGCUUAACUUGAAAAGAACAAACACUGCGAAGCUACACAAGGCGAUGUUUGAACAUGAGGACACUGAUUACUCUGCCAUACCUGAAAAGGACUCGAACUAUAUGGAGCUCAACAAGAAGGAUAUACAGACAAGUGAAUAUGAGGCAUUACAUACACAAUCCCAGCUUGAGCUUGAAAAAGACGAUGAACAAAAUCUUAAGACAUUCAAUUUGCCGAGAGAGACGACAGAAGAACAUGCAGUUGAGAUAGAGUAA